AAAAGUGUCGUUUUAGUAUUAACGAAGUCAAUCUGCAACUUGCUGCAUUAGUUUUUGAGUAUAAAUGUCCUUCGAUAUCUUGGUUUCCUUCAAGCUCGAACAAAAUCUAGCUUCUUCUAACAUACUUCUAACACACUUAAGCUCAAUUAAGUAAAAAAAUAAAAAUUAAAAAAAAACAAUAAAACUAUGAUGAUGGAGGGGGCAGAAUGGAGCUCCUUUAACGGAAUUUCUGUCAAUGAUGAGGCCAAUUUUAUGGCUCAGUUGUUUCCUAAUUGUUCGCUUGAGCAAGAGCUAGAAUCGUGUAGCUUGGCAUUGUCAUCCUCUUGCUACUCUGGUAUGACAGAGGAUGACAGGCUUGACAGCAGUUCAUUUUUUAGUACCGACGAUAAGAAUUUUAAUUCAUAUUGUUUGUCCCAAGGGAGUAACUAUAGUGGUGGCAGCAGCAGUACUGUUGGCUACCCUUAUCAUGAAAACUUUUGCUUGAGCGAAACUCAUCAAAUUUUUGCAGCUAAUGAUAAUAGCUGCCACUUUCCUGUUGAUUUAUGUCCAUCUGCUUCGAAAAACUUUAUCCAGCGCUUUCCAGGUAACCCGAUGGAAAGAAGUGACAGCUUGAAUUUGGAAAUCAGCUGUGGUGGCAGUUUUGAAGAUCAGCCAGAGUUUUCGGAAAAUAAGAAUUUACAGCUGAAACAAGAAUAUGAGAUGUCAGAAGUCGAGCCAGCUUCUGAGGAUAGAAGCAGUGGCUUGUUUGAGAGUGGAAAGAAAAGAUCUCGAAUUUCAGAGAAAGGAAAGAGGAGUGUCAGGACAAAGAGGAAUCAGAAAAAUGGUUCUGAUGACGAAGAUAAUGCUCCUGACUUUACUAAGCAGAACUCGAGUACUAGUUCAGAAGAGCUCGAGGAAUGCAACGGGUCUCAGGAGUUGGGUUCAAAAGAGACUGCAACUGUCAAAAUGAAUGGUAAAACAAGAGCGAGCAGGGGAGCUGCAACUGAUCCUCAAAGUCUCUACGCAAGGAAAAGAAGAGAGAGGAUUAAUGAACGAUUAAGAAUCUUGCAGAACCUUGUUCCUAAUGGAACGAAGGUUGACAUAAGCACAAUGCUUGAAGAAGCUGUCCAUUAUGUCAAAUUUUUGCAGCUUCAAAUCAAGCUAUUGAGUUCUGACGAGAUGUGGAUGUAUGCGCCUCUUGCAUACAACGGAGUGGACUUUGGUCUUGAUUCAAAGAUCAGCGCGCAGCUAUGAUGUACCUAAAAAUCUAUGGCUCAUGUAACUUCAUAACACAUGAUACCAACACUAAUAAUAACUAAGCCCUUGUUAUCUUAUCAGUAAACUAAGUUACAAAGGCAAACAUUUUUUGCUGAAACCUGUAAGAAAGUUCAAGUGACAGUUUACAUUUGAUCUAGACUGACAUGGAUUACCAAUUUGUGUCCGUUGAUUUUUGCAUAAUGGACCUUGUUCGAAAUACAUUGUUUCUUAAUGACUUGUUUUGAUCACAUUGGUUUUAUUCUUGUUCUACUGAUGGACUCGUCGUUGCUUGGUGUGGGUGAUCAUGUAAUUUGUAAAUAAAUAUGAUUGAACGAUUAGAACUUUGCUCUUAAAGACAAUGACUAUAGAGUUACUUUGGGGAGAUAUAUAGAAUAUUGACAAUGUUUCUACAGCUAUAUGUACUAUAGUAGCAACUAGCAAGGCUGUCUAUCUGGCUUGGAAUCUGUAGCAAAGUUGCAUUCGAGAAAUAUGAGAAUGGACAAAAUUUCUGAUACAAAUGCUAAAUUGCAAGCUGUUUCUGUUUGG